UAGGAAAACGGCACCCUUUAAAACAACAAAAACAGUCAAAGUGUGUUAUAUGUUUUUGUCGGUGUUACAAAUGUUGAAAACAGUUUGAUCCGCGUCGUUGUGGCAUUUAUUUUUAUUUUAUUUUUUGUAUCUGACAAAGGUUUUCGUUUUCAACUUUAUUUUUCUUGAUUGAGUCGUUGAAGUCGUUAAACAAUGAAUGGAGAAGAAGAGGAAGUUUUGUUUAAAAAAGAAAGUAAAUCGUUAAUCGGUAAAACAUUUAUCGUAACUGGUGCCAACAGAGGAUUCGGUUACGCAAUAACCGAAACUUUGGUAGAAAGACAUGCUACUGUUAUAAUGGCUUGCAGAGAUUCUGAGAAGGCUUACCAGGCUAUAUCAAAACUUCGACUGAAAACAGCCACCGGAAGUUUGAAUUUUGUCCCUCUAGAUUUGACUUCAUUCGAUUCGAUUGUAAAUUUUGCAACGAUCAUAAAACAAACGUACCCAGAUAUGCACGGUAUUAUCAACAAUGCAGCCGUAAGAGUGGAAGGAAACGAAUAUUCCAAAGAAAAUGUCGAAAUAAAUUUUGCCACCAACUACCUCGGCCAUUUCAUUCUGAUUCAGUUGCUGCGAGACUAUAUCGAAGAGAAUGCAACCAAAAUCGUCCUAGUUUCGUCGCGAUCCCAUCAUAAAGGUACGAUUGAUUUCAAUAACUUUGGCAAAUGCGUCGAACCACAUCCGGUGUCACCGAAAAGCUAUUAUCGCAAUUCCAAAUUGGCGAUUUUAUAUUUUGCCGGCGAACUGUAUCGAAGGGGCUACGAUGUACAUGUAACAUGUCCGGAUGAGGAAUUCACUGAAAUGUUUAAGGGUUACAGAAUGAAAUGGCACGAUUACGUAUUCAAUCAUCCAUCGAUGUAUUACAUGAUGAAAUCGUCUGAAGAAACUGUUGGUAACAUAAUUUACUGUGCAACGAAAAAUGUGAAUAACGAGCGAAAGAAUCCACUGAAUGGAUAUUUGAUGACAAACAAAAAACAUUCGAAAUCGAAAGUAUUUUACAGCGAAAUCGUUUCAAAACGGUUGUAUGAAGAAACGCUGCAUAUGUGCAAUCAAGUGCUAACGCUAUCUAACGCAUAGGUCCUUUGGAUCUCACGAUAAUGCUUGCCUUCACAGAAAUAA